UGUGCUGUUGCUGGUUGGAUGCCUCCUCAGCCAAGGGACUGCGAUGCUGUCGCCCCACAAUGGGGACGGGCCCCAGCAGUGUGUGAGCCGACGUUUGAUCGAGCGCCAUCGCCUGAACCAAAAACUUUAUGGCAAUUGUGAUGGGAGGCGGCUCAGGCGUCGUGUGGAUCCCACAUUUCAUGGCAAUCCCAAGUCACGCGCCGAGCUAUUGGCCAAUAAAUUUUUACAUUCAUACAAUUUCGGCCAGGCGAACUCGCUGGUUACGCUGGUCAACAAAAUAGCCGAGGAUUAUUUGGCCAAAUGUCCACCGGUCAUCUACUAUGAUAGCAAUGUGGCCGAGUCAAAGGGUCAGAUAUUGGAAACGCUCUUCAAGACCAUUCCGAUUACAUUCUACCAUGGCGAAAUCAAUGAGCGCUACGAGCCAGUGAAUCGCAACUUGAACUUGCACAUCGAUUCCAACUGCAAGAGCUAUAUUCUAUUUCUAUCCGAUCCCUUGAGGGCCCGCCACAUCCUGGGACCACAGACAGAGAGUCGCGUCGUUUUGAUAUCCACGUCGACGCAGUGGAAACUGCUUGACUUUCUCAGCUCGGAGUUGUCGUCGGAUAUUGUGAAUCUCCUGGUUAUAGGCGAAUCUUUGAUGACCAGUCCAGAGCGGGAGCGCCCUUAUGUGCUAUACACACACAACCUGUAUGCGGAUGGCUUGGGCUCGAAUAACGGUUUGGUGCUGACCAGCUGGAUUCGGGGAGCACUGUCGCGGCCACACAUCAAUCUGUUUCCGGCCAAGUUUCACAGCGGUUUUGCCGGCCAUCGUUUUCAGGUAUCGGCCGCCAAUCAGCCGCCAUACAUCUUUCGCAUCAGAUCGCUGGACUCAUCGGGCAUGGGCCAGUUGCGUUGGGAUGGCAUCGAGCUGCGUCUGUUGCAGAUGAUAGCGAAACGUUUAAAUUUCACGGUGGAUGUCACAGAGACGCCCAAUGCGCCGUUGAGCGCCAGUGUCGUUGAUAACGUUCAAUCGCAGAUUAUCCAGGGUGUCAUCGACAUUGGCAUGUCGGGCAUUUAUAUUACGGAGGAGCGAAUGCUCGAGACGGACAUGUCUGUGGGUCAUUCGCGUGAUUGUGCCGCAUUCAUAACACUCGCAUCGAAGGCACUGCCAAAAUAUCGAGCCAUAAUGGGCCCAUUCCAGUGGCCCGUUUGGGUGGCAUUGAUAUGCGUUUAUCUUGGCGGCAUAUUUCCCAUUGUGUUCACCGAUCGCCUCACACUCAGCCAUCUGUUGGGCAAUUGGGGCGAGAUUGAGAACAUGUUCUGGUAUGUCUUUGGCAUGUUCACCAAUGCCUUCACAUUCAGUGGCAAAUACUCGUGGGGCAACACCGAGAAGAACUCGACGCGUGUCCUAAUUGGCGCCUAUUGGCUCUUCACCAUUAUUAUAACGUCCUGCUACACGGGCUCCAUCAUUGCGUUUGUCACACUGCCCGCCUUUCCCGACACCGUCGACUCCAUAACGGACUUGCUUGGCCUCUUCUUUCGCGUCUGCACUCUGGAUAAUGGUGGCUGGGAGAGAUGGUUCCAAAACUCCACGCAUGAGCCAACGUCCAAGCUGUACAAUAAAAUGGAGUUUGUCGGCAGCCUGGAGGAGGGCAUUGGCAAUGUGACGCAGAGUUUUUUCUGGAACUAUGCAUUUCUCGGCUCCAAGGCACGUCUCGAAUAUCUGGUGCAGUCCAACUAUUCAAAUGAAAACUUAUCGAGACGCUCUGCACUGCAUCUGAGCGAAGAAUGCUUUGCUCUGUUUCAAAUUGGGUUCAUGUUUCCGCGCAAUUCGGUGUAUAAGCGUAAGAUCGAUGCGAUGAUUAUGAUUGCACAGGAGAGCGGUCUGCUGAUUAAACUUGGCCACGAGGUCAGCUGGACCAUGCAGCGUUCGUCGACGGGGCGUCUGUUGCAGGCCAGCGCCAGUUCAUCGUUGCGGGAUAUCAUACAGGAGGAGCGCCAAUUGACCACCGCCGACACGGAGGGCAUGUUUCUCCUGAUGGGCAUUGGUUAUUUGAUGGGUGCCGUGGCGCUCGUCUCGGAAAUUGUUGGCGGCAUCACAAACAAGUGUCGUCAAAUUAUAAAACGUUCACGCAAAUCGGCCGCCAGCAACUGGUCAUCCGGACAAAAUUCGGGCGUGGAGCGCACCCUGGUCGAGCAGGAGGCGCACGAUGUACGUAAACUGGCACGUCGUCAUGCUGCCGAGGAUGCCAAUCAGCGUAUGGGAUUCGGCAUGAGGGAAUUUAAUCUGACACGGACCACGCUACGCGAAUUAUACAACUCGAAUCGUGGCGAAAUGCAAUCGGAUCCUGAGCUAGACUUGAACAUGCCCAUGGCGGAUGCAUUGGAACAAAUACCACUGCACGAGGUCGUUGCCACACUAGAUGGCCUAGAUGAGUUUAUUGCCCGCAUGGAGCUGGUCGACGAGCAGGGCAGCCUGGCAUCUGACGAUGAUGCCGCCAUCAGUGGCGUCUUUGGCCCUGAAACUGAAUCUGAACGAGACACGAAUCACAUAUAAACUAAGUCAAGCAAAUCACACGUUCCCAACAAGAUCAACAGUUAGCAAGUUAACAAUUUUUUUCU